GCUGACGCGGGGCGUGCAGGGCGCGCGGCUGACGCGCUCGGGGCCGCCCUCCUCGCUCCCCCGCGCCCCUCGGGGACAGCUGCAGGCGCGCGCGGCCCGCGGGGCGACGGGCGGCGGCCACCAUGGUGCUCUCGGUGCCCGUGAUCGCGCUGGGCGCCACGCUGGGCACGGCCACCAGCAUCCUCGCGCUCUGCGGGGUCACCUGCCUGUGUCGGCACAUGCACCCCAAGAAGGGGCUGCUGCAGCGGGACCGGGAGCCCGAUCCCGAGAAGGCCAGACCAGGUGUGCUCCGGCCGGCCCAACAGUUCAAUGUUAAGAAGUCUACGGAGCCCGUUCAGCCCAGAGCCCUUCUCCAGUUCCCGGAUGUCUAUGGCCCCAGGCCAGCAGUGACUGCCCCGGAAGUGAUCAACUAUGCCGACUACGCACUGCGGACCACAGAGGAGCCUGCAGCACCCAGCAGCCCCCCGGCUCCCUGUGACAGUCGCCUCAAGAGGCAGGUCACAGAGGAGCUGUUCAUCCUUCCUCAGAAUGGUGUGGUGGAGGACGUGUGUGUCAUGGAGACCUGGAACCCAGAGAAGGCCGCCAGCUGGAACCAGGCCCCCAAGCUCCAGUACUGCCUGGACUACGAUCAGCAGAAAGCGGAACUGUUUGUCACUCGCCUGGAAGCCGUGACCAGUGACCACGAGGGUGGCUGUGACUGCUAUGUCCAGGGCAGCGUGACCAACAGGACAGGCUGUGUGGAGGCCCAGACGGGCCUGAAGAAGCGUCAGCUGCGCACCGUCUGGGAGGAAGGCCUGGUGCUCCCCCUGGCGGAGGAGGAGUUGCCCUCGGCAACCCUGACACUAACCCUGAGGACCUGCGACCGCUUCUCCCGCCACAGCGUGGCUGGGGAGCUCCACCUGGGCCUGGAUGGGACCUCUGUGCCCCUGGGCACGCCCCAGUGGGGAGAACUGAAGACUUCGGUGAAGGAGCCGUCUGCGGGAGCUGGGGAGGUCCUGCUGUCCAUCAGCUACCUCCCGGCUGCCAACCGCCUGCUGGUCGUGCUGAUCAAAGCCAAGAACCUCCACGCGAACCAAUCCAAGGAGCUCCUGGGGAAGGAUGUCUCUGUCAAGGUCACCUUAAAGCACCAAGCUCAGAAGCUGAAGAAGAAGCAGACAAAACGAGCCAAGCAUAAGAUCAACCCGGUGUGGAACGAGAUGAUCAUGUUUGAGCUGCCCGACGACCUGCUGCGGGCUUCCAGCGUGGAGCUCGAGGUGCUGAGCCAGGAGGAGGGAGGGCAGAGCUGCCCCCUGGGCCACUGCAGCCUGGGCCUGCAUGCCUCCGGCUCUGAGCGCAGCCACUGGGAGGAGAUGCUCAAGAACCCUCGGAGGCAGAUCGCCAUGUGGCACCAGCUGCACCAGUAACCGCGCAGGUGGAGGAGCGCCCCCUGGAGGCCGGCCCCGGUUGUCCUCCGUGACCUCGUCGUCAUUGUGCCCCCAUCCUCAUUCCGACUUCCGACUUCCGGAAGACAGACUCUUGGCAGAAACCAAGCCCCUGCCCCCUCUCAUCCUGCCCCCUGUUUCUCACAAAGAUCGGGACAGGGAAAUGCAUGGAAGUGGGACAGGCAGGUUCUAGGAGUAGGACCUCCUCUACAUUCUUGAAAGAGAGGUAAUGAAUCCAGCAUGGUGCCAGGGCCUCCAGAUGGAUGCAGAGGACUCUUGAUGUGGAGGACUGACCGAUGUCAAGAGGGAGGAGGCUUCUAGAAAGACUGACCCAAAAUGACAGAUUCCGGAGCAACUGGGAGAAGUAGCAGUGGGGUGGGAUGAAAAGCUCAACCAGCAUUAAAUCCUGUUCCGAUUCCCACCCUGCACCCCUUCACCUUCUGGAACCCAGCAAUUUUCACCCUUAAUAUGGGCAGAAUCACCAGCAAUUCUUGAGCCAGCUUGCAAACAUUCCCAAUCCGUAUUCUUGGCAGAAAGCUUGAAGCUGCCAUGUACACAAGGGCCGAGUGGAAUUGUGAGAGGUGGGAAUCCUUGAUUGAAUUCUUCUGUGACAUUCCAGACAUGUUCCCACCAUCCUCGCUGGGAUGCCCGACACAGUGGGGCUGCCAGUUCUAAUGCAGGAAUGACACCUCAGCCAUCUGGGCCAAGUGUGGUGGCCGCUGAUCGCUUCAGGCUCUUAAUACUUCAGAUCUGGGUGACCUGGUCUUAGCACUGAAGCGUGUGCAAUGAUGCAGUUUCCAUAUUGUUGGAUCCCUAAAUCAGUUUCUCUGCCAUUUGGGGUGGGGGUGGGGGACCUUUGAUGACCAGGAAGAGGCAGGAGUACAUCAGUGGACUGGAUUCUGCACUCUAGGGGCCCUGGCCCCACCAGUAUCACCAAAUCACCCUUAGAGAUUUCCCCUUCUCUGCUUCCCAACCUCCAGUGGAGAGACCCAGUGGGUGCCAUGUUGGUUUUUUCUGUUGCAUCUGGCCAUGUGAAAGUGGAUGAAAGAUAAAAAGAAUUUAGCAAUGUGCCUCCCUCCCCCACUUGCAGAACCUACUACUCCUUCAGCCAGUAAUUAAGUAGCCAGUAGGGUUUAGAUGUCUACUUAUCAUUCCCAAGAGCUGAUCAUGUCAAUCAUGAAAUCUACAGGAGGAGCCUGUUGAGUGCAUGUGAUAUUAAGCCAAGAGCUGAGAGCCCUGGGUUCUGAUGGGCUAUCUGUACAAUGGGACUGCCCAUGUAAUGGCUCUUUGCAGG